AUGGAACCAAGGAACCAUACAUGGCUUGUGGAAUUCCUUCUCCUGGGAUUCUCAGAGGACCCAGCAUUGCAGCCUGUUAUCUUUGGGCUAUUCCUCUCCAUGUGCCUGGUCACUGUCAGUGGAAACCUGUUCAUCUUCCUGGCCAUCCUCUCAGAUUCACACCUCCACACACCCAUGUACUUCUUCCUCUCCAACCUAUCUUUGCUGGACAUCUCCUUCAGUACCACCACCAUACUCAAAAUGCUGGGGAACAUCAGGAUGGAAUCCAUUGGCUAUGCAGGCUGCAUCACACAGAUGUUCUUCAUAAUCUUUGCAGUGCUGGAAAAUUUCCUUCUUGCCGUGAUGGCCUAUGACCGGUUUGUGACCAUCUGUCACCCCCUGCACCACACAGUCAUCAUGAAUUCCUAUCUCUGUGUGCAGCUCGUUCUAUUGUGCUGGACCAUAAGAAUCGUGCAUGCCUUGUUAAACAGCUUGUUGGUGCUGAAAUUGAGCUUCAGUACACACGUGGAAAUCCCUCACUUUUUCUGUGAGUUGAAUCAUGUGGUCCACAGAGCCUGUUCUGACACCUUUCUCAAUGACCUCAUGUUGGGUUUUGAAGCUGUGCUGCUGGCAGGAGGUCCCCUAUCUGGGAUCCUGUACUCCUACUCCAAGAUCAUCUCCUCCAUCCAUGCCAUCUCGUCAGCUCAGGGCAAGUAUAAAACCUUUUCCACCUGUGCCUCUCACCUCUCUGUUGUUUCCUUAUUUUAUGGCACAAGUAUAGGUGUGUACCACAGCGCCAAUGCUGCCCCUAGUUCAGCCUCAAUUGCAGCAGUCUCGGUAAUGUACACCCUGGUCACCCCCAUGCUGAACCCCUUCGUCUACAGUCUCAGAAAUAAUGAUAUCCAGAGGGCUGUGAAAAUAGUUGUAAGGCUUAUCUUCCAAGGAUCAUGUGCAUGUCAUACACACGAAUCAGAUCUAUAA